ACGGAGACCCGUCCUUUCCUGACGAGCGACGGAGACAAUUCUCAGCAUCACAUUAUUUCUUUUAGACCCUUACCAGCAUGUCUCAGCGUAGAUCUACCACCGGAAUUAGCGAAAAGCCGCUUGCUGUGGUUGUAAAGGAAUCCAUGCCAAACAAGAAUUCAGAGCCAGUGAUGCAAUCAUCUUUGACACUCGACAACGAUUCCGGUGCCGAAACGGAACCUCUGUCCGUCGAAAGCCGGUACCAAAAUGAGCGAAAAAGCCUUCGUCUGAAACAUUGGCGUGAGUCACCGUUUGCCGUUGGCUUGACAGAACCGACUUGGAUGGAGGAGCGGAUUCAUCACCGUAGCUUUAUGCAUAUAGAUCACGAUCUUCCCGACGAUCAAACUGGGUGCUUGUGUUGCUCUGCUGCAGUAUGUCCUCUAUUAGGGGCAGGACGAGUAGGAAAUAUGGCGGUACUGCAUUCGAGUACGGAAUGGGUGGAAGAGAUCGAGGAAGACGAAGAAACUGGAGAAAAAAGGUCGAGACGGUAUACGCGACCCAGCCUCCAAUGCGUCGUAGGUCCUUAUUGGCCAAUGCUUGCCUUUGUUACAUACCCACUCAUUAUUGGUGUGUCGUGGUUGGCUUUUAAGAAUGUUGUUUUACCGGGAACCAAACCUCUGGCGUUGAUCCUAACUUGGAGUUCAAUGACGAUUGGGCUCAUUGUGGCGUUGGCAUGCACUAGUUGUCGCGACCCUGGUGUCCUUUAUCGGAACGAGGAGCCACCAGCUCAGAACGAAAAUAAUUGGCGGUGGAGCGAUCAAGCGCAGACCUAUCGCCCAAGGAAUGCUCAUUUCGAUUCCGAUACAAUGGUUGUGGUGGAAGAGUUCGACCACACGUGUCCAUGGACGGGUACAGCUAUCGGGAAAAACAACAUGAUACCUUUCCAGUUGUUUGUGUGCCUUGUUUUUCUGUGCUUGACGCUAGAUAUCUUUAUCAUUACUGGUGCCAUGUAA